GGACGACGGGCCUCGGGCGGCGGCCUGCGGACGGGCGGACGGGCCGGGACGCAGGCCCCGCGCCCGCCGCCUCCCCUCCGCCGGCGCCGGGCCGCGCCAUGGCCGCCUCGCCGGGCUCGGGCGGCGCCAACCCGCGGAAGUUCAGCGAGAAGAUCGCGCUGCACACGCAGCGGCAGGCCGAGGAGACGCGGGCCUUCGAGCAGCUCAUGACCGACCUCACCCUGUCGCGGGUUCAAUUUCAGAAGCUUCAGCAACUGCGCCUUACCCAGUACCACGGAGGAUCCUUACCAAACGUGAGCCAGCUACGCAGCAGUGCAUCCGAGUUCCAGCCGUCACUGCACCAGGCGGACAACGUGCGGGGCACCCGUCACCACGGGCUGGUGGAGAGGCCGUCCAGGACCCGCUUCCACCCACUUCAGCGGAGGUCUGGGGACAAGCCAGGACGACAAGUUGAUGGUAGUGCUUUUGGAGCCCAUUACUCCUCACAGCCCCUGGAUGAGAGUUGGCCAAGGCAGCACCCUCCUUGGAAAGAAGAAAAGCACCCCGGGUUCAGGCUAACAUCUGCACUCAACAGGACCAAUUCUGAUUCUGCUCUUCACACGAGUGCUCUGAGCAACAAGCCCCAGGACCCCUACGGAGGAGCAGGCCAGUCGGCCUGGCCUGCCCCGUACAUGGGUUUCUGUGACGGUGAGAAUGAUGUACACGGGGAAGGAGCACCUUUCCCCGGCCCACUGAAAGAGGAGAAUCUGCUAAAUGUUCCUAAGCCGCUGCCAAGGCAGCUGUGGGAGACCAGGGAGAUCCAGUCUCUGUCGGGGCGCCCUCGACCCUGUGAUGUCGGAGGAGGCACUGCUAUUCCACACAACGGUCAAAACAUAGGCCUCUCCCCCUUUCUGGGGACCCUGAACACUGGGGGGUCACUGCCAGAUCUGACCAACCUCCACUACUCGGCGCCCCUGCCAGCCUCCCUGGACGCCGGUAACCACGGCUUUGGCAGCAUGGGCGUGGGGAACAGCGUGGGCAACCUCCCGGCUGCUAUGACUCACCUGGGCAUAAGAAGCCCUUCCGGUCUGCAGAGUUCUCGGAGUAACCCCUCCAUCCAGGCCGCACUCAAUAAGACAGCACUUUCUUCCUCCCUGAACAGCCACCUGCCGACCUCCGCACCCAGCCACUCUGCCCUUCACCCUUCGCUCCGUCUGUUUUCCCUCAGCAACCCGUCUCUCCCCACCACAAACCUGGGCGGCCCCUCCCGGCGGAGGCAGCCCCCCGUCAGCCCCCUCACGCUCUCCCCCGGCCCCGAAGCACAUCCAGGUUUCAGCCGACAGCUCUCCUCAACCAGCCCGCUGAACCCCUACCCUGCGUCACAGGUGGUGCCCUCAGAGCAAAGCCAGCCUUCCUUUCCACCCACAGAAGCUCAAGCCCAAGUGUCCCCGCCGCCCCCCUACCCCACAGCCCAGGAGCUGCCCCCGCCCCUCCUACAGCAGGCCCGUGCCCAGGAGCCCCAGGCAGCCUCGUCACUUCCUCAGCCAGACUUCCAGCUCCCCGCCACCCAGGGCUCAUCGCUGACCAGCUUCUUCCCAGACGUGAGCUUUGACCAGCAGUCCAUGAGGGUAGGCCCGUCCUUCCCCCAGCAGGUGCCCCUGGUGCAACAAGGUCCCGGAGAGCCACAGGACCCAUUUCACUUGAGACCAAACCUGUAUUCCAACUGUGGGCAUUUCCCCAAUGCCAUCCUGACAGAAAACUCGACUCCCAGCUUGCUCAAAGACCUCAGCAGCGCGCUGGCAGGCACGCCUGAGGCCGGCCUGAGCAUGGACACCCCAUUCCCCCUGGAAGAGGAGCUCCAGAUCGAGCCCCUGAGCCUGGAUGGGCUCAGCAUGUUGAGUGGCUCCGGCAUGGGCCUUCUCGACCCCGCUGUUGAAGACACGUUUCGAGCUGACCGGCUGUGAGCACAGUGGAAUGGGACAGCAGCCUUUAUUUCCGGAACAGCUGGGGUAGAGUGGAAUAGGACGGAGCCAGCUGCGCCCUGGGCUUUAGUUAUCUCGGGCUUCUGACAUGGAAGGAACCGAUUGCACGGCUCCCAGCUCCCAGAUGAGGUCCCGUCGCACACCGUGGCUUAAUGCCAGGCCGCAGAGCUACGCACCGCCGCUCGGGCCUGCAGCCCAGGUGAUGGUGCUCAAGGCAGGCAGCUUUGGAGCUUCCAGUGGACUGGCCAUCACUGUGGCCAUUGCAUCCUUUUAUGGGCCGUCUAGCCAGUCGGUCAAUGUGUGAGAGUAGGAAAUGUCACGUAAGGGGAGGCCCCGGCAGCCGUCAGAACCACUGGUCUCGGUCAGCCCUGAAUGGAGGGCCCGGAGUGGGAGGCAGUCGGGACAGGCCUCUGGGAGCUGGCCCGGCUCCACCCUGCGGCACCCCAGCACCACAGUGCCUCCUCUGGCCCCCGCCAGCCGGGCAGCCAUGGCUCGCUCAGAUGCCUUCAUUCUAAUACAAAAAAGAGUCCGAGAACAGACCUGACUUAAGCAAACUGAACGCUGAUUUGUGUCCUGCCAGUUUGUAACCUCUUUUCUGCUGCUUCAGGGCACCUUUUCCUACGGACAAGAGAGAAAGGAAGACUUACUCAGUCACUGAAAGAAAUUCCUGGUAAUGGAUGAGCCUGAAGAGAACAGCGCUUUUCCUUGGUGGCCAGGGAAGCCGGGAGGGGCAGCCAUUGGCAUCUCACAGACACGUGAUGCCCCCCGAGGAGCUCCAGACAAGUACAGGCCCCCCACUCCGCAAGACCAGCUGGAGGGGCAGCUGGGGGUCUGAAUCAGACCCGUCCGGCAGCUGGGCAGCGGAGGGACGCUGCCUCUCUGAGGAGCGUGUGUGUUCCUCUCACACCACCAGACCGCAAGCUCCGGGAGGGCAGGCCUGUGCCUUACCCAGCGAUGGACCCCGCACUCAGCAAGUACUGGCGCUGAGUAGGGCCACAUAGCUGCGUGCCGAUGCAGCCUUGGGCGAGCGGGUGAUCUGCCUUGCCGGAAGGCCGUCUCCUCUUCAGCUCUCCCUGCUCCUUGCCAGACCUUCUCAGAGCUUUAGCUUUUCUAACGCUCGUGCCUGUGGUUCAGCACGCACGUUACCAUGCUGUUAACACCGGGUGACCCAAUCCACAGUUAGAUCGCCAGGCCAUGCUCCAUAGUAGAUCUGCAGAGACUGUCUGCUGAGCGCCUCUGGGGCAGCUGAGCAAACAGGCCCCCCGCGUGCAGGAACCCCAGGGAUCCCGGCCAGGCCUCAAAACACCUUCCCUCGCAGAUCCAUGUUUUCCUCCAAAUUGCUUUAAAAAGGGAUUCGUUCCUUGAGAUUGGAGAAGUAGUCUCCCGAAAAAUGAAGGCUGAAUCCUUGAAGCCGUCAGUAGUCCUCAGGACCUUACGGGACACAGCAUUACCAGACUUGUCCCCACCUGUCUCCUCCUACUCAGGCCCUGACCAGAGGCCGACUGGUGGGUCGGGGGCCAGCGGCACCUCUGGGAGGGGUCUGGCCAGUGGGGUGGAAUGCGGGCAUGGGAAGGCAGGGUGGGGAUAGCGGGGACACAAAGGAGAAAGAAAGAUGCCACCCUUCUCCUGCGUAGACCUGGGAGUGUCGCCGAAGAGCACUGGAUUUCUCCCACCCAAGACCCAAGGUUGUGCUGUGUGGGCCCGAAGCUGUCCGUCCCCUUACAGCAGGAAGGGUCUGUCCAGGGUCCUGGGCGUCAAUGUCUCCAGACCUUCCUGCCUCCCUGGUCUUCAGAGGGCCGCCUGACCUUCAGGCUGUCCAGCAAGCCCGCUGUGUACUGCUCAGCCGCCUCUGUGGGAUCCAAGUGUCCCUGCUGCUCCUCAGCCCCAAAUCCCGCUGCAGAAUCCGGAGGUGCGCCAGAGCCCUGCUGGCCCGAGCCCUGGCUCAGGAGGGGGCGGUCGGCCUCCCCUGCGAGCCUUACUCCCAGCUCACCUCAUACCCCUUUACACCUGAGAGCUCAGGGGGGGCGACUUGCUGCAUAGCCACGGGGCCUUUCCUCGGCAUGCACACAGCAGCCCGCGGGCCCAAAGGAGCCCACUCCCUGCGUCCUUUCCUCCGGCCAAGGCCCCGGAUCUGCUCUGGCCGUUGAGACAGCAUGUGGUGCUGAUGCUAGGGGGAUUUUUUUUUGAAGAGCAGAGGUCCCAGCAUAAUCCAGUGUCAGCACAGGGCCUUCCCCAUGGGGGACAUCAGUGUCGGGCCCCAGGCCUCAUGGACGCAGCAGCCCUGCCUUACAUCUGGAGGCCUGCACCACCAUGGGGGCCGCCCCAGGGCAUUCUCCAGGUGACCCACCGAGGCAGAGGCUCCCAGGAAGGUGGCCUGUUUGGGGAAGUAUAGUGGUGACAGUAGGUUUAGCACUGAAGUCAGUUUAUCCUUAGGUCCAUCAGUCCAAUCUUUUCCUGUGAAAGGUUUUGGGCAUUAUAUAACCCACCCACUUUGCUUAGCUGGCGUCAAGGACACCCACAGACAGGUGUUGCUCUGACCUUGGGCAGGUAAGUCUGCAUUCAUUGCUGCCUUUGCAGCAGACCCGGCUUGGUCCGUGGCAGCUGAGGGGCUGCAUUCUUCAGAAUAAACUAAGUCUCAAUAUUCAGUUUCGUCACAAGAAAUCAUUUGACUGUACCACUCUCAUUUACUAGCAGUUAAACAGCAUAGAACUAAAAGCCUUUUCCAUUUUUCUUUCUGUACAGUUGUGGUUUUAAGGACAGAUGGUGUUAGGAGAAAAUCUUUUUGAUCAUGUCAAGAAGCAGCUUCUCCUUUGUCCUGUUUUAUUUCUCCUGAGUCUACUGUAUAUUACCUGAGCUGAAAUGUUGUGUAUUCCAGUCCAUUCACGUAUUUGAAGACAUUUCCGAUUCUGAGUUGUUGUCAGCGCUUCUGAUUUAUGCCCAGGUGGUUCCACUACUUCCUGAUGGAAACAUCACGGCAAUUAUCAGACUUCCUGCCAGUGUCCUAACUUCCAGGUCCCUCGUUAAACAAUAUUUAAAGAUUGAAAUUUGUACAAAGUAGCUUCCAAGUUUUAUAAUGCAUCAUUUUACACCUUUCAUAAUUAAAAGCAGCACAAUAAGGUUGCACCUGCA